AUGGCUCCGGCCGUAGUCAUCGGUUUGGCGAACCAAGCCCGCUCGUUCAUCUCGAGCAGACGACUCUCGAGCCUCCCGGAAACAGCAGACAUCACGGCCCGGUCAUUUGACCCCUCCGUCGGACCCCUCGCCGCUCGAUCCCUCCUGCUCGCCCGCGACAGCAACGGCUACAAGGAGGAUCCUCACGUCGGCACCACUGACCCCCAGAACAUCAACAACACAGCCGUCUUCGUCAUCAUUGGUCUGAUCGGCGCCGCCUUUGUCAUCACGGGCAUAUGGUUCUUCUUCUGGGCGAAGAACGGCGGCUUCUACUUCAAGGAGAAUGACUGGGACGAAUACAAGUCGACAGUCCUGCGCCGCCGAGGACCCAACGGGACACUCCUGUCCGGUGCGACACCUACGACGCAGCUGGGUGGCGGCAGCGUAUACAAAGACUAUGACGACAACACCACCAGCAUCUCGGGAACCACUCUUUCGGGCAUCACGGCCGGAGCAAGUGACAUUGUCGCCCGCGAGAAACGCGAGCGGAAGCGCGAGAAGAGGCGCAAGGAGAAGGAGGCUCGGCACAAGGAGAAGCGCUCGGCUCACAAGAACUAUGAUGAGACGGGCGUUUUGAUCGACGAAGAGGCGGAACGCGAAGCCAAGAAGCACCUGCGAUCGUAUCGGCACGAGAAGCCCGCCCGUGUCGGUGGUCUCAACAAGGAAUCCGAGGCGUCGGAGUGGGACGGCUCCACCAACCCGACCGAGUCGUCUGUCUCGACCAACCUGCUCUCGGCGCGUGAAACUACGCCUACGUCGACUCCGCCCAAGAGCAAGACGGGCGGCAUCCGCAAGGUGUACAGUACGGCAGACCGCAACGAGGAGCGCGAGCGCCAGCGCAUCCGCGCCGAGGCUAAGAAGCUCCAAGAGAAGGGCCGCGCAGCGGGGAGCUCGAGGCGUGACUUUAGCUUCCAGCGCUCGAGCACGGUAGCCGAGGAUCAGAACACGCGCGGCUACGCCCUGCCGCCGCCGCGGGAGGAGCCUGAGCCGAGCAUGCCCGGCAGCUGGGCAGAGAGCGAUAUCACGAGUGCGGUAGAGAGCGAUAUGGGCCACAAGUCUUAUCACCACGUCAUCCCCGGUUUGAGCAGCCAAAGUGCCGUCAGCAGCGACUAUGCGGACGAAAGGCGGAAGAGGAGAAAAGAGGGAUACCGCCGCACCCGUGACCAUUGA